GUUAGGGUGUCCUUCUUUGUGAAUGGGUCUGAACAAGCCUAUGUUGUCUUUGAUGCUCAUGGUUCAGAUAAAACCAGCUGGUUUUCCUGUGACAGGAUCCUAUAUACAUCAUGGGCUGAUCUCAACUUAGGGAGGAAAGAUUACUGCAGUAUAGCAGGAGACUUUGCGAACAGCAGACAUUUUGCCAUGCAGUCCUCGUAUGGUAGUACAUGUAAUUUACAUAACGGCUGGUUUGCCGUGUCUGAGGCUGGGUCUGGUUGUGCAUGGGAGACACAAGCAUCUGCACCAUUCGCUGUUUAUAGUAACAUAACAACACUUGGAUUAAACAAUGAUAUGGCAGUCGCUGAUGUGUUUGCUGUCUCUGUCUCCAUGGACAAUAUUUGUGAUAUUGUCGCGUGUGAAAAUGGUGCCACCUGUCGUGACUGGGGAGUCACUUACAACUGCCUCUGUGAAGGCGAUCACUAUGGAUGGCUUUGUCAAAACAUCGACGGUAAUUAUACAUCGUGGACAGACUGGAGUGAUUGUACAACAACCUGUUACGCUGAGGGCACUCACUAUAGGACGCGGACAUGCACAAAUCCAACCCCUCUAGGGAUAGGACAGGACUGCACUAGAUAUGGAGAACCUUUGGAGAUUCUCAGGUGUAUUCCAACAAAUCUAGAUAUCUGUCCAGAAUACAACACAGGGGAGAUAGCAGAGGAAACCUCCUAUUACAUGGUGUGUCCCUCUGACUUCUACAUACAUGUGUAUGCGGCUAGCUACGGCAAUGGGACCACAUGCUAUGAUGCUAAUGCGUUAGAAGAUGUUAGGACUGCCUGUCACAUGCAGACAGACACUUGUAACGUGACUUUCUCUGACACUUUCUUCUCUGGAGAUCCAUGUACAGCAUACCCAGGUGCAGUUGUAACAGGAAGUGCCAGGUUCUACUGCGCAAAACGGCGUGAAUUGGACAAUUUCCGAGGACCCUGGCGACUGGCGUUUAAGGUGCCCGCUGGUACAGCUCCCCCUGCUGGCUAUGCUGAUUUCAUGGCACUGUAUGAUGCGUCUGGGGCAUACAAUGAAUUUGAUACAGCUGCAAUGACAGACUUCAGCGCAGGAGGCACUGUCUACAAGUCAACAAUGCUUGAUUAUUGGGGAGUGAAUACAUCUGUCAGUGGUGUAAAAUUAUCUGUGUUUAAAGACGGGCAGGAAGUGCACUAUGUAACAUUUGAUGCUGUGGGAAAAGGAAAGACAGAUUGGUUUGAUUGCAGCAAUAUUGUAGAGUCAAGCUGGCAUGACCUACCAGAUGGAAACUACACAUGCACAAAGAGUGAAGGGGACACCUGGAAGAGAAAUUUCUUCAUGAAGAGUGAUUAUACAACCUGUACGAAUGAAACAGGAUGGCUUGUGCUGAAGGAUUACGGGGCGACUGAUGGCUGUUCUGAGUGGGACACUACAACAUCUCUUCCACAGAUAUGGUACUCACAAACAGGUGUUCGUGUUCAAUGGGCUUACGGAAAUAAAACUACUGCAGACGCAUUGGCAAUAUUUCUGAUGGAUUGGCAUAUGGUGUUUAAGGGUGUAGAAGAAGUGACCCCUGAAGCAGGGACCCUGGCUAAUCUGUGGACGCUAACAGACACAGAGAAUGAUAAUGUCAUGACAGCCACAACGAUUACCAAAUCACCAAAUGUGGCUUACAAAUCCAGUCUAGUCGAAAACUGGUCCGACCCAUUCACAUUCAUAGAUAUGGUGAAGUAUGGUUUCUUCACCAACGGAAUUGAAAAAGCUUACACAAUUUUUGACGGGAGGAGUACAACUAAGACCUCUUGGUUCACUUCAAGCAAAAUACGGUUUUCCAAAUAUACAGACAUUUCAUCAGUAUCAAUCGGUCAUUGUAGCAUUUCUAGCGAUUCACGACGACGUUUUCUGAUUGCCCAUGACAUCUCAACAACCUGUAGUAGCUAUAAAGCAUGGAUGUUGACACAGGAUGUGGGUGGUUCAACAUACUGCGCCUUUGAUAAUAGUGCAUUACUCGGGAAGAACCGUCCAAACUUCCUGUAUAGUGAUGGCACAUCGUACGGACUUCCACAACCAUCUACGACCUGGGACAGUGUUAACUUCCCUUCUGCUGAAGUUAUGGGAGUUUUUAUCAUUGGAUGGUAUCCGUUAAUGAAGGUUGCUAAAGGGGUAGAUUUGUCGCCGGCUCUGGGUAUUUACGACCUGUGGACAGGAAACUAUACUUUGAAUGAGUACAAUGACACAGACACUGCCUUUUCCUUCGCAGCUGACACCAUGCCCUACAAAUCACAUGUUGUGGACAAUUGGUCAAACUACUACAUCAAGGCAGUACGUGUAUCAUUCUUCGUGGGCGGAACCGAGGUGGCAUACGUUGUUUUCGAUGCUCAUGGGACAGACAAGUUAAGUUGGUUCAGCUGUGACAAAGUGUUGUAUUCCUCAUGGACGGAUGUGAGCAGAUACGGCUUAAGGGACUACUGUAGUGUGAUGGGGGACUACGGUCUGAACAGGACAUUUUUUAUGUCAUCCUCAUAUGGAGACUCCUGUUCAGUAAACAGUGGUUGGUUUGGAGUCAUUGAACACACAACAACUUCCUGUACCUGGGAACAGAAGCAUACCAGACCUUUUGCAAUCUUUAGUGAUGCUACCACUGUUGAAAACUUUGACGACAUGGCAGUAGCUGAUGUCGUUGCUAUAUCGAUGUCUAAAGACUCGAUCUGUGAUAUCGUAGAUUGUGAGAAUGGUGGCACGUGCUAUGAUUGGGGAGCUCGAUACCGCUGUUUUUGUGAUGGAUAUUUUUACGGCUGGCUUUGUCAGAACUUGGAUGGUAAUUGGACAACAUGGAGCGACUGGAGUGCCUGUAGUACGUCAUGUUACGCCAUAGGUACACAGUACCGUUACCGUAACUGUACAGAACCAGCACCAGUAGGGCAUGGGCUUGACUGUGGAUAUCCCGACCUCGAGGUGCAGACCUGUGUUCCGGAUCAUGACGUCUGUCCUGAAUACAACACAGGCAAUCUGAACGAGACUCAGAACUACACCAUGAUAUGUCCUGUUGGCUACUAUAUAUACGUUGAUAAUGCGUAUUACGGCGAUGGAACCAAUUGUAACACAACUGAUGCCAUAAACAGGCUGAGAGGGUACUGUCAUGGACAGACAGAUAGUUGUCAGUUCUUCUUCACGGACUCCUACUUCGGUGGUAAUCCAUGUGCAUCAUAUCCAGGUGUACUUAAAUAUGGAUACGCCAAACUCAACUGUAUCAAACGACAGUUACUGGACACUUUUCAGGGAGCUUGGAGGCUUGUGUUUAAAGCAGCACACAACCAAGUCCAAUCUGGUUAUUCUGAUGUGAAAGCUUACUACGAUGCUACAGCAAGUGAUACAGAGACAGACUCAGAUGUAACAGAUAAAACAGACUUCAGUAGCACCGCCUCCAUUUACAAGUCAUCCUUACUCGACAACUGGGGCAGUACUGCCUCAGCACAAGCUCUACGAUUGUCAAUAUGGAAAAAUGGCAAAGAAGUGCAUUAUGUGGUGUUUGACACCUUUGGGAACACAAAAUCAAACUGGAUGGACUGCAGCAAGAUUUUGUAUUCAAGCUGGCAUGACCUGACAACUCAGAAUAUAUCUUGUCAGAUAAGAGAGGACAAUACCAAGAAAAGAACAUUCUACUUAAGUCGGCAGGGAUAUGAUGGUUGUACCAAUGAGGGUGGGUGGUUAAUGUAUAAAGAUGUUGGAGCUUCUGAUGGCUGUUCUGAGUGGGAUAGUACAUCAAACACCAUGCCCUACAUCAAAUACGCUACUGGUACCGAGUUUGUCACAUGGUCAACAGAUCCUCUCGUGGGAGAUGCAGAUGUCUUGGCGAUAUUUUUAAUGGAUUGGUUCAUGGCAUUUAAAGGAGUGCAAGGCUUGGCAGCCUCUACAGGAAGUCUGGAAUCACUCUGGCUCGCAGAAGACACUGAAAAUUAUUUAGACACAACAGCUCAAACAACUUCGACAGCUCCUGGCCUCACAUUCAAGUCAUCAUUAUUAGGAAUUUGGUCUGAAACAUUCACAUUUAUUGAAAUGGUGAAGUAUGCCUUUUACUCCAACGGGGCAGAAGUAGCUUUUGCAAUUUUUGAUGGCCGGAACUCGACAAGUACUGACUGGUUUUCAAACGGUAGAAUCAUACUGUCAAGCUAUGACGAUAUGGUCAGUCAGGCCAAGACUGAUUGUAGUAUAGCAGGAGAUGGAUAUCAACGUAAUUUUGCGAUCUUGAAACAAGGUGGUGCUAGCUGUACCAAUGUUCAAGGAUGGAUGUUUGUGUCUGAAAAUUCAUCUGAAACUUGUGUAUUUGACCGAUCUUCAAGUGUGGAGACAGCUCCGUUCUUCCUCUACAGCAGCGGGAGUACCUAUGCAUACCCUCAAAGCGGUAGUUCCUGGGAUUCUGCAGCAAUGCCAGCAGCUGAUGUCAUGGGUGUUUUUGUGAAGGGCUGGUUCCCAGCUUUCCACUUCGCCCUGGGUGGAUCCUUGUACUCAGCUAGCAGUGUGUAUGACUUAUUCACGGGGACUUACAUAAUCAAUGAGUAUAAUGACACAGCGUUUUCCUUAGCGAACAAUGCCAUGACAUUUAAAUCUAAUAUCAUUGACAGUUGGGCAUCCUAUUAUAUACAGGCGGUUCGUGUAUCCUUCUUCAAAGAUGGUGCUGAGGUCGCUUACGUUGUUUUUGAUGCUCAUGGGACUAGCAAGACAAGUUGGUUUGAUUGUGAUCGGAUUCUCUACUCUUCGUACAACGAUUUAACAAGGGAGACGCCUGUAGACUACUGCAGUAUUGCUGGGGACACAAACAGACGAUUCUUCCUGGAGGCUUCAUAUGGUCAGGACUGUACAGCUAACAGUGGUUGGUUUGGAGUUGUUGAAGGAGCAGGGUCCUGUGGAUGGGAAUCACUGGCAACAACUCCAUUUGCCAUGUUUAGUGAUGCAGGAAGUGUUGAAGAGAAUGACAUAAUGGCGAUUGCAGACAAUUUUGUUAUUUCUGUUGCGAUGGACAACAUCUGUAGCACUGUAAACUGUUUGUAUGGUGCCACGUGUGAUGACCAGGGAGGGAGAUAUGCAUGUAUCUGUGAUGGCUAUUACUAUGGCUGGCUCUGCCAACAUUUGGAUGGUAACUGGACAGCUUGGUCAGACUGGGACACGUGCAGCACGACUUGCUAUGCAGAGGGAGGCCAGAACCGUUAUCGGAACUGUACCAAUCCUGCACCUGUUGGGGAUGGUCUCUACUGCCCUGGAGUUGAUAUAGAAUUCCAGUACUGCAUACCCGACCUACCGAUCUGUGCAUCAUAUGACACAGGAAACAUACAGGAGAAUGGAUGGUACCACAUGGUGUGCCCUUCCAGUUAUUAUAUAUAUGUGUGGGACAAUUUCUACGGCUUUGAUGAGGGUGGGUCUGAUGAGUGUAAGGAUACUGAUGCUCUGGAUAUCCUGUUUGAUCAAUGUCACAACGUCACAAACGGAAGCUGUAGGUUCUACUAUGAUGACGUAACAUACAGUGAUCCCUGCAACAAAACCUGGACCCAGAUCACCAACUAUGGACAUGGCACAUUGUACUGUGCACGAGACGGUGUGUGGAAUGCAUGGCAACCGUGGUCGUUCUGUUCCGUCACAUGUGGAGGCGGAACACGAUACAGAGAACGUGUAUGUGACAACCCAACACAGGUCUGGCCUGGCAAUUACUGUCCGGAUGUGUACAACGACAGUAAAUCCUGUAAACCGCAGUCUUGUCCUGUAUGUGGUGACCACUAUGCUGGCUAUGACGAACCAACAAACAUUACUGUGUUUAAUGACACUCGAUCUGGUGAAGGAUUUUUGUUACUUGAUGUUAACUGGGACAUGCCUUGCUGUGAAGUACUUGAAGCUUUCGAGUUUGUUCCCAGGAUUGCAGGAGAAAUAUUUUUCCAUGUUUGGCGUAGAUAUAAUUCCUUACAGUACCAACUACUUCAUACAACCAACUAUACAAUUAAUGAAACAGAUAUUGGCACUGCGAUUAACCAUUCUUUGAUUUUGAAGAAACGGUUGUCUAUCAGACAGGGAGAUUAUCUUGGCUGGUACACACCUGGAGAAAAUCCAAUUAAAUAUGCUGAGUGUUGUUGUGAGGGCUGCCCUAACCAGACAUGGGUAGCCCCUCUUCCUGCAAACAUUGAGGUUGGGGAUCGGUAUCAGUGGACUACGCAUGGUACCAGGCUAUCUGAUGUAGCUUACGCCAUACGCUUUUUUACAGCACCAAACACGGUGCCGUAUGUGAACCAGACAGAAUAUGAUGCUCUGGUACCAGACAACACACCAUUAGGAGGCAGCUGUAUAAACUACCACAUCACCGACGACGACAUAGGAGAUUUUGAUCUUCUACAACAUGAGUUUAAUGAUGUUACCGGAUUAUUUGAAUUGAAUACAACCUUUCCAGGUAACAUCCAUAUAAUGACUAGAGGUGUUCUUCCAAGUACCUAUUCUGUAUUUGAACUUGUUCUCAAAAGCUGGGACGACUGCAGUAAUACAGCUACUACCACCCUCACCAUCAUGACAUACAAUGCGCCUCCAAUCUUUAUGAACUUGCCUGAUAGUGUAGAGCUCAUCGAGACAGUUGCAAAUGAGAUGAUGGUGUUUGAAAUUGAUGUAGUUGACCAAUCAGAGAACGACUCGGUGUGCUGCACACUGACCGAGGUUAUUCCCGGAAGUCUUAACUUUCAACUUAAAUUUGAAAACGAAGUUUACAAAUUGUACACGACAACAAAUCCAGUAUUUAACUACAAAGACAUCUCCGACUACUACAAGGUGCGUUUUUGCUGUUCCGAUGACCAUGGCCUGUCUACACAGUUUUUAGAGAUAUUCAUUUUAGAUGUUACGACAACAGAAACCUAUGUUCCACCAACAUGGUUUCUGACAGCCAUCGCCUGUAGUAUGGUGCCUGUUUCUUUGACGUUCUUUUUCGCGUGUAUGGUGCUGUGUAACAUGGUGUUCUGUGAUACAGAAAUUGAAUAUUAUUAUGAAUAA